AUGUAUCACCCAGCAGAGCUGUACUCUGGCCGUAGCACAUGGGACUCCUAUCCAGCUGGAGGUCCUAACAGAGGACAAUGGGCUCCAGUGAACACUCACCUCUGGAGCCACACAAACAGAUGCCAAGAAGGGCGCAAUCAAUCACAUCAUCCACCAUCAAGUCGUCUCUAUAACAGGGGGGAGAGAACAGUCAACCAUGUUCAGGACAAAGGUAUCUCAAAGGGGCACAGACAGCAUCCACGUGUGUGGGAUGGGAAAGAGCCGCCGUUUGAGGCCCAGAACUGGCAUCACAACUCCUCGCGCUCAUUCCACAACCGAGCUGAAAACAACAACGGUUAUCCAACCGCAGCCGGAGAGCGCUACGCAACCUGGGACAAUAACCUCAGCAGCUCUGAGCAUGGGGGUCCUCGCUUUCAUCGCAACAACAGAGAGCUCCAGUCUCCGCCAGAGAGAUGGGCCCCCUCGGACUGUCGCAGGAGCCCCCCAGGCAGGAUGAUGAACAACAGACCGGGGCCCUGGAAACGACCGGCCCACCAUCAGCGGCGAGAUCAAUUACACGAGCACAGUCCAUCCCCGCCUCACCCUUCAUCUCCGAGGGAAGAGUGUCCCGCUAAGAGGAGGAGGGACUCUGGUCCUGAUCAGUCACCUCAUCCUGGAUCAAGACAUCUACCUUUACCGGCCCCCUCACCGCCUCGCCACCACCACCGUCACCAAGAUGACUGGAAGCCCCUCAGCGACCGGGCGGGUCCUUUCCACCACUCCGACCACAGGACCUCAGCAACACAGCAACAGGAAACCUCUAAACUUCGAGCUGGCGGACAUGGCUUCAGUAACAGUAACCCGGCAGCUCUAAACCAGAGUUGUGGCAGCAGACCGCCACAUCACGGAAGCAGAGGGAAGGUCGAGCGGAAAAUCCCGUCUUCACCAGCAGACCACACCCGUGUGCCUUACAGCCACCAAAACCAUCAUUACCACUACCAACGGCACACAGGCCAUCCCAGAGCUCCACAGCACAACCUGCCGCUUCACCCUCCAGAGGACUCACGGAGCCAUCACCACAAACUAAGCACAGAACCUCAACGCACUCAUCAAAGAAGCAUUUUAAGGGAUCCAGCCCUCGCCCAUUCUUCUGGUGCAGAUUCCCCUUAUUCAUCCCUCCUCUGCAGCCCUAAAGAUGGAGGGUCCACUGCCAGCAGUCCACGUGCUCUCUCCAGUCCCUCUUCAUACACGGCGCCCAUCGGCAGAAAAGAGCCUGCUAUCGUUCGUCAGUGUAGCCCCGGCCUCAGUGGAGAGCAGAGACUCCAUGGGAGCCCCCCCUCACACAACCAGACCAGGUUCUCAGACGUCAAGUACAGAAAGAGUUCACAGCCGCUCUGCUCACGACCGCUCCCCCACGGCAGAUCGAGAGCAAGCAAGCUUGACAAGGAGCUGGAGCAGCACGCAAAACCUGAGUGCAAACAAAAAGAUAAGCUGGGGAAGAAAGAGAGAAAGGGGGAUAUUCUGAAGACGAGCAGAAAAGGCGAUGAGAGAAAACGACGGAAGAAAAAAGAGGAGAAAAGGCCGGGCGAGCGAAAAAGGAAAAGAGAUAAAGCAGUUAAAAUGGAGGGAAAGCUAGGCUUGAAAAUCGCGAAGAGGGACAUGUCCACCUCCAUCUCUGCCUCAGCGGAGGGCAAAGUGAGUAGGAUGGAGACUCCGACCCCAGAGGGUCAAAGCCAGUCGACGCCCAAACACAAGCACAGGGCGAGGAGUGAACGAGCGGAAGGGACUCACCGGCCGUUCGCAAAUGCUCCUCCUCCUAAUUGCACUUCACAGCAGCUGCCCUCAAAAUCUGGAAACCACAAAAUGUCCAAAAAGAACAGCGGUCCCCAGAAACACCCUGUCAAAAAUCUCCCAAUGACGUCCCCCAGGAAAACCAGCGCCAAACAGACCAGCAGGAGGCCCACCACUGUCUCAUCCCAGUCAGACGGCAGACCGAGAGGAAAGCCAGACGAUACACUCCCUUCACUGUUGUUUAAAGCCUUAGUACCUCUCAGUGCAGCAUGUUCCCUGAGCGCAGAGCAGGGAGGUGUUCUCACUGCCCCGGACCUCCAGCCUGUGGGGGUGAUGGGACAUUUGAGGGAAAUAGGAGACAACCUAGCGAACACUCCUCCUGUUCUGAGCUGGCAGGGCUCUCCAGUGUCGAGUCUGGAGGAGGAUGAGGACGGAGUGAUAAGUCGACCUGUCCUCCAGCCCAGCCCUACUCAGUGCUCUCCCCGGCCUGUGGACAACGACAGCUCGGACGAUAUGGAAAAGGAGCCUUGCGAAAGUUCACGAGGCGACAGCAGCGACAGGUCUGAAUACUGUGAUCCGCCCGGUUCCGCCGAACAAGUUGCCGAGGAACAAUCAAAAGAAGACGUGGACAGCAGUGGGGAAACUUCUGGCUCUCUUCUCCGUGAGCUUUGCCACCACAAAGCAGGGCUGGACGACGUCUUCAAGAGCCUGGCCAACUUCCUCGGAGGCCAGAGGGUCUCGAGUCGAGGCGGCCCGUUUGGUGGUCCUCCAGACAGCACUGCAAGAGGGGUGAAGUACUCCUCUUCUCUCGAACUUGGGCCAGAUAUACACUGCCAGGAGCAUCACGAUUUGUCCCCUAAUUCCGAUCCCACAGCGUCCUCCAAACCUGCUCAUAUUAAAUCACCGACUCACGCUACCUCAGGCUCCCUUGGGAAAUCCCACAGUCCGACAGAACUGAAAACUGAACCCGUCGCCGACGCCCCAGUGCAGGAGCCUGAGACUGUGGUGAAAGUAAAACAAGAAGGUAAAGAUACCGAGAUCCUCCCGGAGAGAAUUGACUCCUCUCUUCUCGACGGGUCACUGAGUGCAGAGCUGAGAGUGACCACCACGGAUACAGCCUCUCUCACCAGCCUCCUCACUGUUUCCACCAAGGAAGAGAGGGGACACAGCACGGAGCCCGGACACAGAUGUGCAGACAGAAAAAGAAAACAAAAGGAUAAGGAUGGAGGAGGAGGAGAAGAAGAAGAGAUCAAGAUUAAGAUAAAGACAAAGGAAUGCAGUGUCAUCUGUCCCAAAAACAUAAUCAAUGAAGUUAAGGAUUCGGAAGAGAAAGGUGUUUCAUCCUCGGAGAGAGCCAUCUCCAAAAGUUCAUCCAGACCUCCCAAAGAUAGUAGGAAGGGCCAGAUUUCUCAGGAAAAUCAAUCGCCACGUGGCAAGGACAUCCGGAGAGAGAAAGAAGACACUGGGAACGCUGAGGUUAAGAUAGAAAGAGAGGAGAAGGAGCAGGAAGUGGUCACCGAGCUAGAAAACAAGAAAUCGUCCGCAGCUAGAAACCCAGAAACGAAAGCUCCAAACCCAUCGUCAACUUUAACAAUCAACCCGUCCAACCUGUGUGUCUCAACACCGGCGAGCAAACCCCCCCGCUCCUUAGCGCCCGUCGAUCCACUGAAACUGAAAGCGCUGUCCAUGGGCUUAUGUAAGGAGCUGAAGAUCCUGCUGUUCAAAGUGGAGAGCGCCGGAAGACAAACGUUCAACAUAUCAGAGGUGGAGGAGCAAAGGGUCCCACUUUCCAAGAUCAACAUCAACAACACGGCAGCAGAAGUGAUCAGAUCCUGCAAGGGGACGAGGGUGAAGGGGAAGUUCACGGAGUCGUACCUGCUCUCCUCAUUUUCCGUUAAACCCGACAUCGCCGUCAAGACGCCCAUUCCUCGUGAAAAGCUCAACCCUCCGACACCAAGUAUCUACUUGGAGAGCAAGAGGGACGCCUUCUCUCCAGUUCUGCUUCAGUUCUGCACUGACCCCAAAAAUGCUGUCACUGUCAUCAGAGGCCUUGCCGGCUCCCUCCGCCUUAACCUUGGUCUUUUUUCCACCAAAUCCCUGGUGGAGGCCAAUUCAGAACAUGCAGUGGAAGUGAGGACUCAGGUGCAGCAGCCCGCUGAUGAGAACUGGGAUGCCAGUGGCUCGGCGCAGGCGUGGCCCUGCGAAAGCAGCCGCUCACACACCACCAUCGCCAAAUACGCCCAGUACCAGGCCUCCAGCUUCCAGGAGAGCUUGCAGGAGGAGAAGGAGAGUGAGAAUGAAGACGAAGGAGAGCAAACACAGAGCUCGGACGAAGCAGCCACAGCAAAAGCUGUCCUGAUGUUAGCCAACAGCAAAGGAGGUCCCCCCUCAACUCCCACCAGCACACCCAGCUCAGACCAGAAAACUGCUGGAAAGAUCAUUAAAUUUGGGACCAAUAUUGAUCUCUCAGACCCUAAAAGGUGGAAGCCCCAGCUGCAGGAGCUGCUGAAGCUGCCGGCCUUCAUGAGAGUGGAGUCCAGCCACAACAUGCUCAGUCAUGUCGGUCACACCAUCCUGGGCAUGAACACUGUCCAGCUCUACAUGAAGGUGCCGGGCAGCCGCACCCCGGGUCACCAAGAGAACAACAAUUUCUGCUCCGUCAACAUCAACAUCGGACCUGGUGACUGUGAGUGGUUUGCCGUCCACGAGCAUUACUGGGCAGAUAUCAACAGAUUCUGUGAGAAGCACGGGGUAGAUUACCUCACAGGGUCCUGGUGGCCAGUGCUCGAGGACCUCUACAGCUCCAACAUCCCUGUGUACCGCUUCAUCCAGAGGCCGGGCGACCUGGUGUGGAUCAAUGCAGGGACUGUGCACUGGGUCCAGGCCGUGGGCUGGUGCAACAACAUCGCCUGGAACGUGGGACCACUCAACUCGUACCAGUAUCAACUCGCCCUGGAGCGCUUUGAGUGGAACAAGGUGAAGAAGGUUAAGUCAAUCGUUCCCAUGAUCCACGUCUCCUGGAAUGUGGCUCGAACCAUCAAGAUCACCGAUCAGGAUACAUUCAAGAUGCUCAAACACUGCCUGAUGCAGUCCAUCAAGCACAUCCAGAUUCUGAGAGAUCAGCUGGUGGCUGGAGGGAAGAAGAUCUCUUACCAGAGCCGCGUGAAGGAUGAGCCGCCAUACUACUGCAACGAGUGUGAUGUGGAGGUGUUUGACCUGCUCUUCGUGACGAGUGACAGCAGCAGUAAGAAGACCUACGUGGUGCACUGUGAGGACUGCGCCCGGGCGAAGAACCCUUCUCUGGCAGGAGUCGUGGUGCUGGAACAGUAUCGAAUGGAGGAGCUGAUGAAAACUUACGACAGCUUCACUCUGGUCAGUCUCACUCUCUCACUUAUCUCGUGCAGCUCCGUCGCCCAUUUCUAA